AUGCUGUGCACCGUCAAAGCCCCCAUUGCCGCCUACCUCACUUUCGACGACGUUGUCUGCAUCGCCAAGGAGCAAAAGGACGCUGUUGCACUUGGCCGCUCCCUCAACCACCGCAACACCGACACCGUCGAGGUCCUUGUCGACACAUCCGAUGGCCGUCACUACUUCAAGGAGGUGAAUCUGCGCAUUCAAGUCGCGGAGAUGGUGACUGGCGUUGACCUUGUGCAAUCGCAGCUGAUGCUUGCUGGCGGCGCGACGCUCAUCCAGGUGCGCAUCACCACGAAGGACCCGCUCAACGACUUUGCCCCCGAUACAGGUGCACAUGCGCUUGCGUGCCGGAACGAGCCAUUCACCCAGCAGCCGCCAGUCGGCCGCGAACUGGAGCCAUACACAACAGCAGCACCACCACCGGCACAUGGCGACGAGAAGGAUGAGGGAGAGGUUGAUGAGGCGGCACUUGGGCCGUUUGACGUGCUUGUGCACCACACGGGCAUGCUUGAGCUGGUGCGCGCGCUCCUUGGGAAGCAGCAGGGCGUCAUCAGCAUCACACCACUGGACGAGCAUCAGGGGCAGGUUGCCCGCGUCAGCUGCGCGACGCGUGAAGUUGGCGAGCGCGUCCUGAGGGAGAUGACAAACUUCCCUCUUGGGCAGGUGCAGCUGACGGCCCGCCGCGACCCGGACUGCCCCUCCUGGACGGCGGACGAGCUGUGGUCCGUGUGGGUUGAGCCCGUGCCCGAGGGUAUUGAGGAGGUGCUGCCCUCGCUCGCCAAGGCAAACGGCGGCUUUCACUCGCACACAUACAGGCCGGACGGCAACCGCGUCAGGGGCACAUUCAGGUUUGUGUCGCGGGAGAGCGCCGAGCUGAUGGUCCGCCUGUACGACCAGCGAGAGACCCAAAAGGCAAAGAACUGGAAGAGCAAGGGCAACGGCACCACGUCCUCCUCCCCUGCCUCACCAACAUCCACCACACCAGCGCCUGUUGCGGGCCAGGUAAAGCGCUUCACGUUCUACCUGAGCGAGGCAGCAACGCAGCGUGACAGCAAAAGGCCUAACUGCCGCCAUGCCCUGGCCCACCAACACGUACUGCGCGGCGCGGGCGUCAACUUCCAGUCGCUGCAGGUCUUCCCGGACCUGCGCUGUGCAAGCGUGGACGUGGUUGCCGACAGCGAGGAGACGUUCUGGAGCCUGCUGCCACUGCCCAUUGACACGGCGUUGAGCCCCUGUCGUCUGGAGGCGCGUCAGGCACCGCUGCACCGCAUUGUUGUCACGUGCACCCCGCACAGCAAGCCCACCACGGGCCGCGACAUUGUGCAGGCGGUUGAGACGAACUUUGGCGGCACAGCAAAGCUUGUGCCCAUCCCGCAGUCCCUCAAGGACACGCAGUCCCACAUCCAUCCGUUUGCCAACACGCGCAUGGCUGAACAACAACAAGAACAAGGAGCACAGCAGCAGUGUGAAGGUGGUAGUGAGGCACACGAUGUUGCUGCCAAGCCCACGGCUGUGCACGACCCUCAUCAGUACAAGAAAGACGGCGAUGCUGACAGCGACGACAGCAAGAGCAGCGGUGCGUCCUCUGAGACGACGCUGCAGCGCGUGUUUGUGCUGGAGACGACAGACACGCGUGCGGCGCAUGCGUGUGUGCGCAGGAUGCAGUUUGCCACCUCUGUCUCGCACACGUUUGUGGCGCGGCUGUGCUACCCGAACGACAUGCACGUGGCGGUGCUCGACCCCAAGCUGGGCGGCCUUCUGUCGGACCUCGUCGACGCAUUCAACAAGGGCAGCGUGGCCAAGGACCUUGAUGUGCUGGCGGCUGCAACCAUGGGCAACCGCAUCUGCUUCACGGGCAGUACCGCCGUGCUGGUGUGGUCGCAAGCCAAGCUGCUUGCAAGCUUCCUCGCGCCCGCCUUCCACCCGUUUGCCCGCAGCGACCGCGUGCUGGGCGACGACAAGAUCAUGGAACACGUCCUGAACGACUACGGCCUCAAGCUGGUCCGCUACCCGACGCCUGGCCUGCUGCCCUACGCAGACACGGCACACGGGGCCGUGCGGGAUGUGUGGAAUUUGUGA